AUGAAGAAUCGCGUCCUUAAAACAAUCCAUGCCAUCAACCGGGAUGGACAUGCAUCAUGUGAGAGAGAAGAAACAAGCCUGCAAAUGCUAACAACGGAACCCGAUGUGUGUGCUUAUGUAAAAUCGUUUGACAGCCAUGGGGGUGUUGUGAAGAGUGCGUGCAGAAGCACCCAUAAAAAAGGUUGUGAGAGUGAUGAGAAGAAUGUGUGCAGAAGCACUCAGAAUAAAGUUUGUGAGAGUGUUGAGAAGAAUGUUUGCAGAUGCACCCAGAAGAAAGUUUGUGAGAGUGAUGAGAAGAAUAUGUGCAGAAAUAUACAGAAUAAAGUUUGUGAGAGUGGUGGGAAGAAUGUGUGCAGAUGCACCCAGAAGAAAGUUUGUGAGAGUGAUGAGAAGAAUAUGUGCAGAAGUAUCCAGAAUGAAGUUUGUGAGAGUGAUGAGACGAAUGUGUGCAGAAGCACCCAGAGGAAAGUCUGUGAGAGUGUUGCGAAGAAUGUGUACAGAAGCACCCAGAAGAAAGUUUGUGAGAGUUGUAAGAAGAAUAUGUGCAGAAGUACCCAGAAGAAAGUUUCUGAGAGUGUUGAGAAGAAUGUGUGCAGAAGCACCCAGAAUGAAGUUUGUGAGAGUGAUGAGAAGAAUGUGUGCAGAAAUAUCCAGAAGAAAGUUUGUGAGAGUGAUGAGAAGAAUAUAAAUAUCCAGAAGAAAGUUUGUGAGAGUGAUGAGAAGAAUGUGUGCAGAAGCACCCAGAAGAAAGUUUGUGAGAGUGAUGAGAAGGAUGUGUGCAGAACUAUCCAGAAGAAAGUUUGUGAGAGUGAUGAGAAGAAUGUGUGCAGAAGCACCCAGAAGAAAGUUUGUGAGAGUGAUGAGAAGGAUGUGUGCAGAACUAUCCAGAAGGAAGUUUGUGAGAGUGAUGAGAAGGAUGUGUGCAGAACUAUCCAGGAGAACGUGAAAGUGUCUAGCGACAAGAGUGAUUCCGAUUGUGAGAAUAAUGUGAAAGUGCUGAAAGGUGGCGGUGUUUUAACGUAG